CUGGCCCCUUUCGUCUAUUUCGUUGUCGUUGUAGCCGUUUCAUUCCCUCUCUCCCACCACAAUGGGCUCCUCGUCCGUCGCCAGUACCACCGCCACCGCCGUCGAGGAGAAGAAGCCCACGCCGGGUGGAGGGGCCGGCCAUGACGACUUCUACUGGACCUACACCGAGGAGCCGCACCGGACGCGUCGAAUGGCCAUUAUCAAGGCCCACCCGGAGGUCACCAAACUAUGCGGUCCCGAGCCGAUGACCAAGUACGUCGUCGCAGGCGUCGUUGCUCUGCAGGUCGGCUGCGCGUGGGCGCUGCGCAACUCGCCCGUCUUCUCGUGGCCCUUCUGGCUCACGGCGUACAUCAUCGGCGCUACGGCCAACCAGAACAUCUUCCUCGCCAUCCACGAGAUCUCGCACAACCUCGCCUUCCGCAGCCCGCUGGCCAACCGCCUCCUCGCCAUCUUUGCGAACCUGCCCAUUGGCAUCCCGUAUAGCGCAUCGUUUAGGCCCUACCACCUCACGCACCACAAGUCGCUCGGCGUCGACGGGCUCGACACGGAUUUGCCCACCGCAUUCGAGGCCGUCUUCCUCGACUCGGUCCUGGGCAAGGCCUUCUUCGCGACCUUCCAGAUCUUCUUCUACGCGCUGCGGCCCAUGUUCAUCUACCAGAUCCCGAUCACGGGAAUCCACCUGCUCAACAUCCUGGUGCAAGUGCUCUUCGAUGUGGUUCUCGUGCGCACCGCAGGCGCCAACGCGCUGUGGUACUUAAUAGCGUCGUCGUUCCUGGCGGGCUCGCUGCACCCCUGCGCGGGCCAUUUCAUCGCCGAGCACUACGUCUUCGAGCGGCCAUCGCCCGACGCCAAGGACCCCGCCGCGCUGGCCCCUGUCCCCGAGACGUUCAGCUACUACGGGCCGCUCAACUUCUUCACGUACAACGUCGGCCUGCACAACGAGCACCACGACUUCCCUGCCGUGCCGUGGUCGCGCCUGUGGCGCCUGAACCAGAUGGCAAAGGAGUUCUACGACCCCCUGCCCCAACACCCCAGCUGGGUCGGCGUCAUCUGGCAGUUCGUCCUCGACCGCGACGUCGGCAUGUGGUGCCGCGUCAAGCGCGCCGAGGGCGGGCGCAAGGUCGGCGGUGGGACGGGCACCACGGCAGGGUGGAAGGAGGAGGAGCUGGGCGCCAACGAGGCAAAGGUGAUUCCCGGCGUUAAAUAGUUGACGAUUGCAUGUGACGACGCGAUGACUUGGGAGGGCUGACGGAUAUUUUGUGAUGUUGGUACGUAGAAAAGAAUAGAAUUGUAUCGACAUUGGCUCUAGUAAUACCUGCAGUAUCCUAUUACCGGUGCGUUUGCAA